AUGAAGUUCUUCUCCUCGCGCCAGGAAUUCGAGUACUCCUGGGAAGAAGUGAGCACCAACAACUGGCGCAAGUACUGCGACUGGAACAACCAAAGCUCGCACGUCAUCGCCGUCGACACCCUCACCCGCACCCUCGAUCCCAGCACACACAUCCUGCGCACCGAGCGGCUCAUCACCUGCAAGCAGAAUGCACCACAAUGGCUGCGGACCUUCAUGGGCGCGCAGGACACGAGCCUCGUGUACGAAGUGUCGUACGUCGACCCGCACGCAAAAAAGGUGACGAUGUGCUCGCAGAACCUGACGUGGAGCGAGUUGCUGUCCGUGCAGGAGACGGUGGUGUACACGCCCGCGGCCGGGGAGGCCGGGCGCGGCCGGACGGUGUUUGAGCAGCGGGCGAAGAUUAUCGCGCUCUGCGGCGGGUGGCAGAAGAUUAAGAAUACGAUUGAGGAGUUUACGGUGGAGCGCUUCCGGCAGAAUGCUGUCAAGGGGAGGGAGGGGUUUGAGCGGGUGCUGGCCAUUAGCCGGGAGGUGUUUGCUGAGCAGAGGGAGCAGAGGCGGCUGGAGCAGGUGCAUGGUGGGGCUGCUGUUGCGGCGUAG